CGACCACCUCCCCGCAACACCAUGUUGAAAGGCGCUUUCUCUGCCGACGCCGAUGCCUCGCCCGACUUUGGCCCUGCCCACGACGACCACAUGCUUUCGUCGGAAGAGGACGAGCUCGACCUAGAUGACGACGACAGCGGGCGCACAAACGUCGAGAGCGAUGCCACUUCGGCGGCCCAGAAGGCUGCUGGCUCCGCUGUCGACGAGGAUGGCAGUGGCAUGCUCCCCCGCGACAAGCAGCGGCGCACCGCCUUCUACGACUACACUGCCGAGAAGCAGAUGAGCCACACCGAGGCCAAGCAGUUCUAUCAGAGGCAUCAGCUCGAGACGCAGUACGGAGGCUCCCAGGGCGACAUGCACAGCCCUGCCAUGCGCGCAAAGACAUUUCCUGCAAACUACGGUGCCGCCGAUGGCGUCGACUUCCUGAGCAGGGCUGAGAGUACGCGCUCGCGAAAAAGCAAUGUCAGUCAUGCAAAUCAAGGGCUCCAGCGGCCCUACCUGCCCAUCGGGUCGUCGCACGCAGAGCAGUCACAAGAGCCUCGUCGACACCUGACUCAACAAACCUCCCACCCCACGGGUCUGUACGACGACAUCGACGCUCUCCUCCAUGCUGAUCAGCAGGCCCGAGCCCAUGGCCAACACCCCAACCUUCCUCACGAACACAAACCUCUCCUGGCUGAACAAGGCAUUCACGGAGCAGGCGCAGGCAUAGGUGUUGGCACAGGCGCAGGAGGGUUUGCCAUGUCGGAUUCGAGCAUCACCGCCGAGCUCAGCGCCAUCUACGCAAACAUCCAAAAGGUUCUCGAUUUGCGCCACAAGUACAUUCGCUUGUCCUUGCAACGCGCCUUUGAUAAUCCCAAAGACGAUUCAGCUUGGCGCAUAUACCCCUCGCCUCCAGAGCCUGUGUGGAAUGACACUUCCAAAGAGCGUCGCAAUGCGGGCGCGACUAGCAUGCAAAACAGUGGUGUUCUGGAGCCAAAUGAGCAGCCCAAACCGCCUCGCAAAAUGGGCACAAACAUUGGCGAAGAUUUCCACUUGGAAGACUGCCUCCCGGUGCCUGGUCCUAGCGAAAUGUUGUUCCGACUGGACGAUAGCGGUGUAUUCCAAGUAUAUGAGACGGCCGAGUCUGCAGAGCUAGACACCCCCAUUGUGGCAAUCCCCACACUGCGCGAGUUUUACAUCGACCUUGACUCGAUACUCGACAUAUCAUCUGAUGGGCCCAGCAAAAGCUUCGCGUUUCGCCGCUUGCAGUACCUGGAAGGAAAGUUCAACCUCUACUAUUUGCUAAACGAGUAUCAAGAGACAGCCGAUACCAAAAAGGUGCCCCACAGGGACUUUUACAAUGUGCGAAAGGUCGACACGCACGUGCACCACUCGGCAUGCAUGAACCAGAAGCAUCUGCUACGCUUCAUCAAGUCCAAGAUGAAGAAGUCUCCUGACGAAGUCGUCCUUUACCGUGAUGGCAAACACCUCACGCUGAGGGAAGUGUUUGAAUCCAUCAACUUGACGGCAUACGAUCUGAGUAUUGAUACACUGGAUAUGCAUGCCCACACGGAUUCCUUCCAUCGCUUCGACAAAUUCAACUUGAAGUACAACCCCAUUGGAGAAUCUCGCCUGCGAACCAUCUUUUUGAAAACAGACAAUUUUGUCAAGGGCCGCUAUCUAGCUGAAAUCACCAAGGAAGUCAUCUCCGAUCUCGAGGCAAGCAAGUAUCAAUUCGUAGAAUGGCGCAUCUCCAUUUACGGUCGAGACAUUGAUGAGUGGGACAAGCUCGCAGCUUGGGUUGUUGACAACAAACUCUUUUCCCCCAACGUGCGAUGGCUCAUUCAAGUACCACGCUUGUUCGAUGUGUACAAGGCAACUGGUUUGAUGGACAAUUUCCAGCAAGUCAUUGUAAACGUCUUCCAGCCUUUGUUCGAGGUGACCAAAGACCCUACAAGCCACCCCAAGCUCCACAUCUUCUUGCAGAGGGUCAUUGGCUUCGAUAGCGUCGAUGACGAAAGCAAGAUUGAGCGGCGCGUGCACAGGAAGUUUCCACUUCCAAGCCAGUGGUCCACAAAGCAGAACCCGCCGUAUAGCUACUAUGUGUACUACUUGUUUGCGAACAUGUCAUCGCUUAACGUCUGGAGAAAGCAGCGCGGAUUCAACACGUUUCUCCUGCGCCCGCACUGUGGUGAGGCUGGUGAUCCCGAUCAUUUGGCUUCAGCUGUGCUUUGCUGCCACAGCAUCAGCCACGGUCUUUCGCUUCGAAAGGUGCCUUUUCUUCAAUACAUCUUCUACCUUGAGCAGAUUGGUGUGGCAAUGUCGCCUCUGAGCAACAACGCACUCUUCCUGGCGUAUGAGCGGAACCCGUUCAUGAGCUACUUCAGGCGAGGUCUGAAUGUCUCGCUCUCAACAGACGAUCCCCUGCAGUUCGCCUUCACCAAGGAGCCUCUAAUCGAAGAGUAUUCCGUGGCUGCGCAGAUCUACAAGUUGAGUGCUGUGGAUAUGUGUGAAUUGGCCAAGCAUUCAGUCGAGCAGAGUGGCUUCGAGCAUGUAGUCAAGCAGAAGUGGCUGGGUGCUAACUACCAUCUCCCCGGUGUUGCGGGUAACGACAUGGCCCGAUCCAACGUGCCCAGUAUUCGCGAGGCAUUCCGACACGAGACGCUUAUGGGCGAGCUAGCCAUGAUCGAUCGUUACACGCGCGCAGCCCAGUCUGAGAGGCAGGAUCUCACCAGCUCCAACCUGCAGUCGGAAGUACCCCAGACACCCAAGACGUUCCAAGGCGUCACGCCUGCGUCUCCGACAAACAACGCCUCGCCCGCUGGUAGCAAGCAGGUCUUCUCGAAGCUGCCGCCAGCGCAAAUCGCGCGCCUCAAGCCCUCGGGCUCCACGGCCGAUAGCACAAACGUCACGCAGCCCGCGUCGCCAACUAGCGCCCACGACGGCAGCAAUAUCGAGCUGCCCCUCCGCCCCUCCAAUCCCAACACUACAUCUGUGGCGCAGCCUUCCGACGGCCAGGCUCAGCACGCCGCCGAAGAGCCGGAAAUGGGCCUUACGCGCUCGACGAGUAGUGUUACGCUCGACGGCGAGCCCAGGCUGUUCCCCGGCGCCAUGAGCAGUCUCAGCAGGAGACGCAGCACUAGGACUAGCCAGGCCGAGGACGGCGGCGACACGACGAGUUCGCGCUUGAGGUUCCAGAAGGGCGAUACAGAGGGCGUCAUGGAAGAGAGGGAUACGGAUGAUGAAGAGAAUUGAAAUUUCCAGGGAAAAAAAACUCAGGGGUUGGUGAUGAUGAUGAUGAUGAUGAUGAUGAUGAUGAAAUUAUGAAGUUUUGAGGGGGUUGUUGCUAGACGAGUGUGCAUGGGUGAAUAUGUGUGUGUAUGCGUGUGUAAUGGGGGUGGGGGUAUAUUUUUUGUUCAUGCUGGAAGAUGAAUAACAGGACCUCCUUCUAUCUCUCUCUCUUUGUGUGUAUGUAUGUGUCUCUCUCUCUUUUCAAAGAUUUCGGGUAAAAUCCAAAGAGCCAUUUAUCCGUGUAUUUACAUGGAAAAUCCUCGUUUGUCUACUGCAUACAUGGGGAAACAAUGCCAGAUCAUGUCGCAGUUCCCCUGUGGAGGGUUUCCAUCCAG